AUGUGGGCCCCCUUUCAUCUCUUGCUCCUAAUCACAGGAGUGAUAUCUCAAACGCUAUCGCCACCGAUCACCGCGCGCUUCAAAUGUCUCACAAAUGGUUGCUGUGAUCAGCACGAGUGGUGCCGAUUUUGGGCAAGUAUUGGCGAGUGUUCGGUAAACGGGGAUUGGAUGGCAAGCAAUUGUCAAUUGGCGUGCGGUACUUGUAGAGCUCCGGCAAUGACAACGACGUCAGGUUUCACAUCAAACACUCAAUUUGGUAGCCAGACGAGUCCCGUCGAUAGUACGCAACCGCUUCUGCAACAACCGCAACAAGCUUUCGGCUUCUCGUCGCAGCGGCCUCAUUUCUCUCAACAACCACAGUUCCUUCUUCAACCACAAGUGGAUCGCUUUGGUCGUCCCAUUCAACAGACUCAACAGAUUCAACAGCCUCCAACUCCGCAACAACAACGACCAAGGACUCAAACGCCGGCACCAACCGUGGCCACUGAUCAAGAGUUGCCAACAACCGGUUUCCCCACGACACUCCAAGCGCAAACUGCUUUGGCAACUGCUGUCGGUGCUUCGACAUUGCCACCAUUGUUUGCUCCGCCACCAUCCAGCGGUCCAGUGCAACCAGUGACCAGUUGCAAAGAUGCGGAGAAAGCUCGAGCUAUGGAGGUGCUCGUCGCAUCCGGACUCGUCGAUGCAGUCGAUGACACAUUUGGUCGAGCAACUCUUUCUGUUGAUGACAUUUCGAGAGCCGUUCAAGCUGGUCAACAAUGCAUUCCACAGCUUAAAGAAGAGGGCCUUGAUUGCAAUUCGAAUCUCUGCUAUCAUUUAAUGUAUCGGAGUUUUGAUGGAACGUGCAACAAUUUGAAGAAACCAAUGCAAGGAGCCUCGUUUAGACAAUAUUUAAGACAUUUCCCCCCACAAUACGAUGACGGUCAAGGGGAACCUGUUUCUUCGAUUCGUGAGACUCGACCGACAGCUAGAGAGGCGAAUCGAGUGAUGCUCUCUUCAGCACAAUCGGUCACUCAUGACAAGUACAACAACUUGAUGAUGCAAUUCGGCCAAUUCAUCAGUCACGACAUUGCAAAGACAACUCUUCAACCGUCAGCCAAUUGUCAAACGUGUGUCGCGGUGCCGUCAAAAUGUAUGCCCAUUCCGAUCAGUGACAAGGAUCCGAAUAUGCAAUUCAAGUCAAAACAAUGCCUCAAAGUGUCUCGAUCAGCUCCAAUCUGUGGUAUCACUCCAAGAGAGCAACUAAACGAGAACACCGCUUACAUCGAUGGAAGUGCUAUUUACGGAUCAUCGCCAAAAGAUCUCUUCAAAUUCCGCGAGGGUCGAACGGGAAUGCUCAGAGUGGUUCCAUUCAAUAAUCAAAAAGUGUUACCAUUUGAUCAAUCAAAGUGUCAACAAGAGGAUGGCUGUCUCGCCUCGUUUACAGCCGGUGAUAUCCGAGCGAAUCUCUUCAUCGGACUCAGCUCGUUUCAUAUUCUUUGGGCCAGAGAGCAUAAUAGAAUAGCCACGCAACUCCAAUCGAUGAACCCAGCUUGGAGUGGAGAUCGGGUCUUCCAAGAGACGAGGAAAAUCGUCGGCGCUCAAAUUCAGCACAUCUUCUAUUCGUCGUAUCUCCCCAAAGUGCUCGGGAAUUCGUUCGAUCGAGUGAUUGGAAGAUAUCAGGGUUACGACGAGAACGCGGACGCGACAGUGGCCAAUGAAUUCACAACUGGUGCUUUCCGAUUUGGGCACGGAAUGAUUGAGGAAUUCUAUCAGCGAUUGAAUAAAGACGGCUCAAAUAUCACGCAAGGCGGUUUCUUCUUCGGCGACGGGGUGUUCAAGAGUGGGAAAAUCCUAUGGGAAGGUGGUAUUGACCCAAUCAUUCGCGGUUUUAUGCUAACUCGAGUGAAACGUCCGCAUCGAUUAACCCCAGCUACAACCGAGAAAAUGUUUGGAAGCACCGAUCUUGGCUCGUUGAAUAUCCAACGAGGACGUGAUCACGCAAUUCCCGGCUAUAAUACAAUUCGUGAAUUCUGCGGUUUGCCAAGAGCAAAAACUUUCGAGGAAUUCGGUGAUAUGAUUCUCGACAAAAAUCUCCGAUUCGGACUCUCGAAGAACUACAAUUCGCCAGAUGACGUUGAUUUCUAUGUUGGCGCAAUGUUGGAAGAUCCGGUUGUUGGUGGACUAGUGGGCACGACGUUGAGUUGUGUCAUUGGAGAGCAAUUCAAGAGGACGAGGAACGGAGAUCGUUUCUACUAUGAAAAUGCGGGCAUCUUCACGACGAGACAAGUGGCCGAGAUCAAAAAGGCCACUUUCUCAAAGAUCAUUUGUUUAAAUGGCGAUAAUUUUGAUGUUAUUUCACAGGACGCUUUCCUCGUUCCCGGCUCUCAGCUCACUCCCUGUUCAUCACUUGCUGAAAUCGAUCUCCAGGCAUGGAAAGAA